AUGGAGAGGAAUGAGAAAAAGACAGAUUCCAUUGAGGCUUCACUAAAACGUUUAGAAGCUCAAAUGGAACAAAUUGUUGAAGAGCUCAAUAAAGAGGAACUAUCAAGUCAACCUGAACAAGCCAAUUCCAUUACUACUAUUAGAAGAUGUGAGGUUGUCGAUAAUAUUACUAUGGAAACUGAAAGGAAUUUUUCUUCUUAUACAGGUACACCUAAAAAUGAUGGAUUAGUGCAAAGCAAUGAGGAAAGCAUACAAAAGGAAGAAAAAGUAGAGCCUAAUCUUAGGAAUAAACCAGCUUAUGCAAAAUUCUUUGAAGAGUUGAACACCAACAAAAGGCGAUAUGCGAACAAUGAAAAAGUACAAGUAGCAAGUGUAAUGCUUCAACAUCAAUUGCCCCUUAAGAUGAAGGAUCCUGGUAGCUUCACCAUUGAUAUUACAAUAGGUGAUAAAAAACAUACAAAAGACAUGUUAGAUUUGGAAGCAAGCAUCAACUUGAUGCCUUAUUCGAUGUAUGAACGACUUGGCUUGGGAGAGUUGAAGCCUACCACUAUGUCUAUACAAUUUGCAGACAGAUCGAUAAAAUACCCUAAAGUACUUGACAUGGAAAAUACACCAACAAGAGAUAAAGAGCAAACCAUACUCCUUGGUAGACCUUUCAUGGCAACUACUAGAAUUGUGAUUGAUAUGCAUGAUGGAAAACUUACCAUGACAGUUUUAGGAGAAACAGUGGAAUUUAAAGUGUUUGAUUUUCUAACUUUAUCUCCUAAAUCUACUAUUGAUAAGUGUUCAUAUAAUUAUUUAGAUUCUCUUGUUUAUGAACAGUUAUAUGAUGAUAUUCCAUUCUUAAUUGACAAGAGUUUUCGUGACACUUUAGAUGUUCGCAUUAAAAGUAUAAAGCCAUACUUAAAAGGAAUGGCUUAUGACGAAGAUGUGGAGUGCGCGGAUGAACGUCCACCAUGA